UAUUUAGAAGUGUGUUGUUUACUGUUAAAUACUUGAGACUUUCCUACAUAUCUGUUGGGUUUCCAGUUUAAUUCUGUUAAGGUUAGAGAACAUAUUGUGUAUGAUUUCAACCCAUUUAAGUUUAUGGAAACUUGUUUUAAGACCCAACAUGUGGCAUGUCUUGGUGAACAUGCAAUGUACACUUGAAAAGAAUAUAUAUUCUACAGUUGUUGGGUACUCUGUCAGUAUCAGUCAGGUCAUGGUGGUUGAUAGUAUUGCUCAAAUCAUAAAAGUUUUGAUGGGUUUUUGAAAACUAUUCUAUCAGUUUCUGAGAUGGGGUGUUAAAAUUUUCUCUGCUUGUGGGGUUGCCUCUUUCUCCCUUUGACUCUUUCCAUUUUUGUUUCCUGUGUUUGGAAGCUCUGUCUUUAAAGUGUGUUUCUUGUAGGCAGCAGUUUUACCCGUUCUGAUAAUCUCUGCCUUGUAGUUGGAGCCUUUCAUCCACGGACAUUGAAUUAUUGAUAUGAUUAGAUUUAGGCUUAGUAAUUUAUUACUUUCUUUCUGCUUGUUACCUCUGUGUUUCUUCUUUUCCCUUUCUUGCCUUCAUGUCAUUGAAUAUUUUUAAGAAUUUCAUUUUAAUUUUUCUCUUAGCUUUGUAGCUAUACCUCCUUGCAUUUUUUAAUGUAAUGAUUGCUUUAGGGAUUACAACAUAUACCUUUAAUUUUUCACAGUCUGCUUGGGCUAGCAGUAUUGUAGCACUUCAGGAGAACGCAGAGACCUUGCCCCAGACAGGCCCUUUGUGCUGUAGUGCCAGGUGUACCAUGUCUGGUACCUUAUAAACCCCACAAGACAGUGCCUGAAAAUCCAUCAGCUCCACAUGCAGAAUUUUGGUCUAUUCUUUUUGAUGUUUCCCCUUUUGUCUUGUAGAUUAGCCUAACAUGGCUGACCAGAGGCAGCGCUCUCUCUCCACCUCUGGGGAGUCGCUGUACCAUGUGCUGGGGCUAGACAAGAAUGCGACCUCAGACGACAUUAAGAAAUCCUAUCGGAAACUUGCCUUGAAGUAUCACCCCGACAAGAACCCUGAUAACCCGGAGGCGGCGGACAAAUUCAAGGAGAUCAACAAUGCCCAUGCGAUCCUCACGGAUGCCACAAAAAGGAACAUCUAUGACAAGUACGGCUCCCUGGGCCUCUAUGUGGCCGAGCAGUUUGGCGAGGAGAACGUGAACACCUACUUCGUGCUCUCCAGUUGGUGGGCCAAGGCCCUCUUCCUCUUCUGCGGGCUGCUCACGUGCUGCUACUGUUGCUGCUGCCUGUGCUGCUGUUUCAACUGCUGCUGCGGGAAGUGCAAGCCGCGGCCGCCCGAGGGCGACGAGGCCGAGGUCUACGUGUCGCCCGAGGACCUGGAGGCGCAGCUGCAGUCGGACGAGAGGGAGGCCACAGACACGCCCAUCGUGAUCCAGCCCGCGUCCGCCACGGAGACCACCCAGCUCACGGCCGACUCCCACCCCAGCUACCACACUGACGGGUUUAACUAAGUCUGCAGCUGCUGCGAGUAGACGGAGCAGCCCACACGGCCACCUCCACCUAGAACAUGGACUGUAGGCGCAGAGCGGGGGCACCCCGGUGGGGGAGGGCAGUGCCGCCCCAGGGUGCCUGGCACCUCCCGCCUGCCCAGCGCCCCACCCGCCAUACCCUGACUCGUGACGUGCGUAGCAUGCAGUAUUUAAAGCAGUUCCGCUACGGUCUCCUUCCUCCUCUUUCUUUCCUCUUUAAUAGCAUGUAUGGGGUGACGUUCAUGUCUGUCCGUGUUGUGGGGCUUCCGCGCCAGUCCCACAGUGGUACCUCCUGUGUUCUGAGCACUGGAACCAGCCCGGCGGCUUGGCCUGGCCCGGGGGGCGGGGCGGACCCCCUCCUCCCUAGGGCCACGUGUGUUCGCCUGGCUCUGCCCUAGCACCUGAGCACCUGGACACCGUGUCUGUGUUGGGCAGUUUGCAUAGGGCCUGCUCACCUUUGUUUACUGCACCUGUGGUCAGGUUCCUGUGGGUAAAGUGUGGAAGGCGUAGAAAGAGUCCCCUUGAUGUUGAAACCAAAUUCUCUGCCCCGUGUUUGUGGCUGUAGUCUCGGUGACUCUGAGGUUCCUGUCCCUCUGGGUGUCCCCUCGCCUGUGCCCUGUUUUCCACCCCUCCUCCCACCCCCGGCAGAGCAGGUGGGCGCCCAGCAGGCGGGGUGGCAGUCACAUUCCACAUCUUCCCUUCACAGCC